AUGAGGAAACCCACUAAACCAUCAGUGACCAAGGCAGUGACCAAGAAAACAUUACGGGGACAUCCCCCGGGGCGAGCAUUACCAAGACUCCGGAUUAUUCGUAUUUACUCCAACUCCGAUUUUCACCCGCUUAACUCCAAUUCCGGAUUAUCCACACGCCCGUCCGAACACCUCUGGCGGGCGAGAGCGGGCGCGCGUCUCAUCGUCAGCGUCGACAAGAGCCGGAAUGACGCCGGUCUUUCAGUCCUUUGCCCUGAAGCCUUCACUCUCCGUCCGCACACCCAUCCAUCCAACGCACUCCCUCAAGCAACCGCCUUGGGCCUCCCGCCCUCACGCCCACCCGCCCAACGGAAGCCCAAAGAGCAACAACCCCUGUGGGCGUUCGGGCGGCCAAGCAGGGCGGCCAAGCAGGGCGGCCAAGCAGGACACCGAACACCUGUUCGACCUUCUCCCAAGAGCGAGGUGACUGUCCUGCUCCUGGACGCCCGAGCAGGAGCAAGGGCGCCCAGAGGGUCGAGCGCCUCGGCCGACACAAAAGCCAGAAGAACCUUCUCCUGGACGCUUGAGGGAGCCAGCAUCCGCACCAGUGCCCCCCCCCCCCACGACGCCCGCCUGACCACCCCGCCACGCUCGAGUGCCUCCGCCCCCCCCUCCGCCCCUCGGCCCUCGCCCCCCUCGGCCUGGUAUCCGGUCCCGCGCCGUUAUUCACCGCGCAUUCUCGGCCUCUCCGUGGUGGAACGUGUCCCGGCCUCUUCUUCUGCUUCUCGGAGCGCCCUCGCGGCAUCCGAAUGCCCGACGCCUGAUACCCGACGUCCAAUGCCCGAUGCCCGUCGUCCGCCCACGCCGGCCAUGAUGCCCUCCACGGCCAUGCCCUCCAUUUUCUGA